AUGGGAGAUGCUCUCUGCUUAGGUUUCAGUGUUCUCCAACGCUGCACGCCUGCAGGGGCUGCUGGGGGUAACACACUGUACGACUGUAUGAGUGUGUAUGAACGCAAUGGAGAGCGCAGAGACUAUGUUAGGGUCCUGAUCUGCCAUGAGAGCAUCUUUAGUACCAGCUGGAGAGAGACAGAACACACUCUCAGACUUGGUUGUGUCACUCAGCCGGGACUCUUCAUUGAGUCAUGUUACUCCCCCAAACCUGAACCUGAGAAACCCGUCUCCAACCCUCGAAUAAAUCUCCUGUGGACUAGCUCUUUGUCAGGAAAGGAUCCCAGAAUGUGA